AUGGCUGAUCACUUUGCGUUCACCACUAGCCCUCUCAAGGAUACCAAGAAAGCCGCAGGCAGUCGCAAGGAGAUGUCGGCGCUCGAGGUUAGAGAAGAGUACACAAAGCCGUACAGCAACUUCUCCCGAGACCAUUUGAACGCGCCUCCCGGCUCGGAUUUUGAGAUCCUCCUGGAAGCCGAUAAAACGCUAGUAGCCCUAACCGAGUCAUACGUUUCCGCUGUAGGAAAACCCCAAUACUCGGCACUUUGCAACGUCCUGAAUCAUCUCAGCGAGAAAUUCUGUGGGGAUAACGAGCCCAUCGUCUUCGUGGACCAUCACACAGCAUAUCUCAAACAUCAUCCCAACGGAUACUUUGACUGCUCUCCGGAUAUUCCUGCCAUGUUGAAGUCUAGAUUCUUGACCUACCCGUCCACUUCCCCUUGCAAAUGCGCCGAGUGGUCCGAUUUGGAGACCGUAGUCGAAGUCAAGAACGAGCACGAAUACUUGGAUGGCAUAACGCAACUGGCCGCAUACCUUGGACUAGCGAAUCAAGCUCGACCAGACAAAGUUGGGAUAUACGGCUUGAUCACAUCGCCGAGUGGGUACCAGAUACAAUAUAGCGAUGCUGGCGGUCUGACUACAUCGCCGUUCUCCGAUUGGGAACACCUCGUUCCCUUGGCGUCCUAUGUAUAUACGCUCUAUUUUCCUCUUCCAGGACGCCCGCGCUGCGACCCGACCAUCACUCGCUCAUCCACUCGCAUAGAAGAUAAACCGACCUGGGAUGUCACGUUCAAAGGCGAAACAUAUCCUGCGUGCCAAGUCAAAUUUGUCGGCCAACCGUGGAAGCGAAUGACGUGGGUCGCCCAAACAGCGGGUAAAUAUCCCACCGUCAUCAAGGAUUCCUACUGGGCAUAUGGCCGGACCUUCAAGGAAGGGGAAUUAUACGAUCUCCUACAGGCUGACGGCAAACCGGCUCCGGGAUUCGUGAGGAUGAUAACACACGGAGACGUCUUCAAUGAGGAGGGCCCCAUUACGUCUAGCAAUAUCGAACCCCAUGUGUAUCGAGUAAAGACUAGGCUCAUCAUGGGGACGUCGGGCGACCCAUUGGCCAAGACUCCGAGUAUCCAGCAUUUUCUCAUGGCUAUGUACGACGUUCUCGAAUGUCAUCGAUGGGCUGUCAAAGAAAGGAACAUCAUUCACCGGGAUAUAAGCCCAGCUAAUAUCAUGAUUAACCCUAAGGACAAAGCAAAGGAGCUGCUCAGAGAGCCCACUCGACCUAUCUUUAUCAAAGAAAUUCUUCUCAAGAAGAAAUAUGCCCUACCCGUGGCACGUCUAUAUGAUUUCGACAACUCCGCUGAAAAUGAUCGGUUGAAGGCGAAGACCCAAGCAUUCAAAGAGUCUCUUGAACGAAGCCCCGACCACGAGCACCUUCGUCAUAGGACGGGCACCCCUCGAUUCAUGGCUCGCGCAGUUGCCGCCGGGCAUAUCCUUGAACCGGAUUCGAAUGUGUUCGAGCCCAUGCCUUCGUUACCACCAAAGAUCCUUGUGCGGUACCAAAAUGCUCAUUCUUCCGGCGAGAACCCUCUACGACAAUUCGAGGAUUGCAAUGGCACGAUCCAUGGCGGUCGGAGCGGAAGAAAGAGAGCAGAUAACGAUACAAUUAACAACCCAGACGAAGGCGAACCCACCACCGGCCAAUUUACCGCGGGCCAAUCUGCUGUGGACCGACCUCCUAUGGACCAAUCCACCAUGAACCAAGCUAUUACGAACCAACCUAGCGAGGACAAACUUAGCGAGGACGAAAGUGACCACGACGAGUCUGACCAUCUUGCAAUUGCCUCUCUCAAAUCUGAAUCGGACGACAACAAACCUACUCAAGGGAGGUCUGACGAACAAAUCCAGAUAUUUCGGCACCUCCCUCGACAUGAUGCCGAGUCGGUCUUUUGGGUGAUUGUGGUAUUUCUCCUUCGUGCUCUACCUCUUGGUCAGCUUCCGGAAAAGGACAAGAACACGAAGUCCUUGAUAUCAUCCUGGAAAUGCAUCGCAUCACACGAAAUCAUGUCCUCCCCUGCCGGCUUGCCUAUAGACUUUCGAACGAUGCUCUUGUCCCCAAAACACUGGGAGACAAAUCUACAUGAAAAACUGGGCGGCCUGGUUCCGAUGAUGAAGGAGCUCGUGAUGCAAGUCAGGCCAGAAUAUAGCCAUCUCGCGGAGCCUCCUCCAGAUGAGUUCCACCUCCAUGAGGCAAUGCAGCGUAUUCUCCUUAGAUAUGCCGUCAAAUUUUCUGAGGCUUCUGACAUCUUUCUGAAUACUGAAAAAGGACGUAUCGUUCUUGAGAAGAAGGACCCCCCGGAGCAAAGGGCAUCUACCAACAUUUCUCUGGAUGGCCAGCACUUCCAGCGAGCAGGACAUCGCUCGCACUUUUCAGUAUCUCAAGGUUCAGACAGUAUUAUCGUAGACAAAAGAAAGCGGAGGGACAGCAUCGAAGCAAAUUCUUAUGACAGCCAAUCCUCCCCUCUCCCAGCACACUCUCGUUUCCCAGAUAUCCCCCGCACAAUCAUAGCCGGGGACCUCGAUGUGUUUCCGCCAGGCGUAAUACGUGAAGAGUACAUCUUCAGAGACAAGCGCCGCCGUAUGCAAUGA